AUGGUCCGCAGACAAGGCUUUCCAAGGGAGAAUAUUGUCGUUUGUCAGCAAAAACCUUUAAAACUCUUUUGGCGAUUGACAAAACAAUUGAUUCGUGUAAAAACAAACCUUACCGGUAGCCUGACCCGAAUCUCUUUAAUCUUACUGGUUGUCAUGGGAUCCGUGUUGAUUGCGUCCGAGCCACUAAAAAAGCCCGUGAAAUUAUGCCUAAGAACGUUGAGAACUUCUAUGAACUAUUGGAUUGCAUCGCCACAUACUGAAACAUAUUUGUCACUCCGAGACAAAGCGAAGCAUUCAACUCCGUCAAACUGA